CUCAGAAUACAUUGGGAAAUGUCCAAGAAACAAAAAAAAGCAUUGGGGAUAGCGGUCUAUGAUUAUAUAAGGUUGUUAAUGUGACUAUGUAUUAUCUCAUCAGCUAAGCUUCAGGUUCAUACAAAACUUAUAGUCAGCUAAACCUAUAAAUUAAUUAUGUUGUUAAACUAUAGUUUGUGUUUUUUUUCAUUGGUUAGCUAGAUACAUAUUCAACAAAAAACACACAAUACAAAUAUAUUAAAAUGUAACACUUUUCUUCAUUUAAUACUCAUUUAAAAGUUUAGAUUAUUAUUAUAUUUUUAACCAUUAAAGCUAUAUUCUGCUAUAAUAAUUUUAUUUUUUCACUCUUAUAGUACUUAAUCAUAGGGAUGUGAUAUAAAAGAUAAUAAAUCUAUGUAAAUUUUUUGUGUGUAAAAUUUGUAUUAGCUAAAUUUAGUUCAAUGUAUCAUGUUUAUCAUAUUUAACAAAGUGGAAAGAAGGGUAGUUCCGUCAUUGAAAACUUUCUCCCAUAUUUUUUAACAAAUCACAUUCCAACAAUUCAGGAAUUGUGAAAACUCUGUCUCAUCUCUCUCUCCUCUAUAUCUUUCCUUCAAGCUGUGGUUUAGACAGAACAGAGAGCUGCUUUAUAACGAGCUGAUAGAGAGAGAAACAUAGUUUACCAUCACGAACCCUUUCUUCUUCUUCAUAAUCAUCUUCGAAUUGGAAAAAAACAUAAAAGAAAGACAGGGAUCAAACAAAAGAACAAAAACAUCUCAAGAAACCCACUUGUUGGUUAGAGAUUUCACGUGUCUCAAAAAGUCUCUUUCCCACACCCAUAAACUUCAUCAUCAUCAUCACCUACUACCCUUUCUCAAACCUCAACGGCUCAAAUUCCUCCACGUCAGACAAAGGAACAUAAACAUGGACCGACCAGCAGUGAGUGGGCCAAUGGAUUUGCCGAUCAUGCACGAUAGCGACAGAUACGAGCUCGUCAAAGAUAUUGGCUCCGGUAAUUUCGGAGUUGCAAGAUUGAUGAGAGACAAGCUAAGUAACGAGCUUCUUGCUGUCAAAUACAUCGAGAGAGGUGAGAAGAUAGAUGAAAAUGUAAAAAGGGAGAUAAUUAACCAUAGGUCCUUAAGACAUCCCAAUAUCGUUAGAUUCAAAGAGGUCGUAUUAACACCAACACAUUUGGCCAUUGUUAUGGAAUACGCAGCUGGAGGAGAACUCUUUGAGCGUAUCUGCAAUGCAGGCCGUUUCAGCGAAGACGAGGCGAGGUUUUUCUUCCAGCAACUCAUUUCAGGAGUUAGUUACUGUCAUGCUAUGCAAGUGUGUCACAGAGAUUUGAAGCUGGAGAAUACGUUACUAGAUGGUAGCCCUGCACCUCGUCUAAAAAUAUGUGAUUUUGGUUAUUCCAAGUCAUCAGUAUUACAUUCACAGCCAAAAUCAACUGUUGGAACGCCUGCUUAUAUCGCUCCUGAGGUUUUGCUAAAGAAAGAAUAUGAUGGCAAGGUUGCAGAUGUUUGGUCAUGUGGAGUAACUCUCUAUGUAAUGCUUGUUGGAGCAUAUCCUUUUGAAGAUCCUGAAGAGCCUAAGAAUUUCAGGAAAACUAUCCAUAGAAUCUUGAAUGUUCAGUACGCUAUUCCUGAUUAUGUUCACAUAUCUCCUGAAUGUCGCCACUUGAUCUCCAGAAUAUUCGUUGCUGAUCCUGCUAAGAGGAUAUCAAUUCCUGAAAUAAGGAACCAUGAAUGGUUUCUUAAGAAUCUACCGGUAGAUAUCAUGAACGAUGACACAAUGAAUAGCCAGUUUGAUGAAUCGGAUCAACCAGGUCAAAGCAUUGAAGAGAUCAUGCAGAUCAUUGCAGAAGCAACUGUUCCUCCUGCUGGCAUGCAGAGUCUAAACCAUUACCUCACAGGAAGCUUGGAUAUAGAUGAGGAUAUGGAGGAAGAUCUAGAGAGCGACUUGGAUGAUCUUGACAUCGACAGUAGCGGAGAGAUUGUGUACGCAAUGUGAUGCGGUCUCGCCAUGGUUUCGGAUACAAACAUGAACAAGAAUAACAAUGUGUACUUGUUUGCUUUGUUGUAAGUGGCCCUAACUUUGUCACAGUUGAAUCUUUGACAUGCAAAAGAGACCUUGCUGCAAAAAUAUUAGUAUUUCUAAACUAAAUUUGAAAUGAAAAAAAAAAGUUUCGUUA